ACUGUUACUCCCAAGCCAAAAUGUCAGACAGGAAUGUGGUCUCCUUUCCCAAGUGGAUAUUUUAUCCAAAAUAUUUGGAAUCCCGUCUACUGCAAUAUGACUGUCUACAGAACCGGAGAAUACUUUUUGAGAUGUCUGAAAGGAAAGAAUCUUUUCCUCAUAGGAGAUUCUACAUUGCGGCAGUUCAUAAUGCACUUUACUGAUGGCAUCCAAAUUGUGAAUUACUUUCGUUACCAUCUAAAAGGAUGGUCCGGUUGGUCAAAGACCCUUGAAGCCCUAAAUAUGGAAAAGGACCUUUAUGUCUCCUAUAAAAGACAUGGCUUUCCCCUGGAGCAUAGUGCUUUCUACUACUUCAAGGAAGACAUGUACACGAGCCGUCAGAUUGAUUUACGUGGCGGAGGGAAGGACACAAUUUUUGUUAUAACCCUGGGCCAGCACUUCAGACAGUUCCCUCUUAAACUUUUCAUCAAACGGGCACUCAACAUCCACCGAGAGGUAGAACGCCUCUUCCUCCGGAGUCCGGACACCAAGGUUAUCAUUAAAUCAGAAAACAUCAGGGAGAUCUUUGCCCCAGUGGAAACACGGGGAGACUUUCAUGGCUAUACCCAGUAUCUUGUACUCAGAGAAGUUUUCCAGGGCCUUAAUGUGGGCUUUGUGGAUGCCUGGGACAUGACAGUGGCAUCUGCCACAGCGUCUGUUCAUCCUCCAGGGAACACGUUUGUCAGUAUUAUGAGCCUGACAUUUAGUUUUGCUUGUUAAUUUGAAAAGAUUGUGAUGAAGGAACAACGUAGAAUCACAAACACUUUCUUUGGAAAAUGCCCUUGGGAUUUUGGGAGGUGUCC